AUGAGAGUACGGAUCAAAGGAGUCCUCUCCAAGCUAGUAUCUAUUAACGGAUUACCUCAGGGAGCCGUGCUCAGUGUCAUUCUUUUUAUUAUAACAAUCAACCAUGCUCUCCACAUUGUUAAGUCUCCUCUCCAAGGACACCUCUUCGUAGACGACCAGUCAAUUACGUGCUGGGGUAAAAAUGUUGAAUUUACUUUUCAUAUUGUCCAAAAGACAUUGAACGAUUUACAAGACUGGGCAGACAGCUGUGGCUUCAAAUUCUCAGCAGCAAAAUCGGAUUAUAUGAUAAUCGGCAGUCAGAAAGGAACUAAAAAUAAGAAUCUCGGUCUAUUCAUCAACAACCAACCACUCCAGGAAAAGGACUCAACUAAAAUCCUUGGGCUCACGAUUGAUAAAAAUCUCACAUGGGAAAAACACAUUAAAACCCUAAAGAACGAAUGUCAAAACCGAAUGCGUAUUUUAAAGGUUCUAGCCAACAAGCAAUGGGGAGGUAGUACGGAAUUAUUAUUAAGAGUUUACCGCUGUUUAAUCAGGUCUAAGCUGGACUAUGGAGCCAUAAUCUACGAUUCAGCGAGCAAAUCACUUUUGGACACUCUCCAACCUAUCGUGAACUCCGCAUGUCGAAUAUGCCUCGGAGCAUUCAGAACGAGUCCAGCCGCUAGCCUUCUCGCGGAAGCUGGUGAACUCCCCCUGGCUGUCCGAAGGAAAGAACUUUGUAUUAAGUACGCGGUAUCGAUAGCCACAACCCCGAAUAACCCAGCAUACCAUUGCAUUUACAAAAACGUACCGCCUAACGACGACCUCAAUUACAAUGCUCCUGAAUCACUUAGGUUAAGGAUAGCUCGCUACACCGCCGAGCUUGGACUCCACCUACCGACUGUUUAUAAACGAUCACUUGGAUACUUCCCUCCGUGGGAAUCCUUACAGAUCCCAAUGAAUCUUGACCUCAGCGACCAUGAUCGACCAACUUCAACCAAUGAAAUCUUCAGAACACUCUUCUGUGAAAUGCGCGACAUUUAUUCACCAUGCAUUGAGUAUUAUACUGACGGCUCAGUCUGCAACGGAAAAACAGGCUAUGCGGUAAUCUCGAACUCUAACCCUAUAGUUACCCAGCGAUCACAUGACUACAACUCUAUCUUCACGUGUGAGGCCAAGGCGAUUCUCCAUACCCUUGAGAUAAUCCAAAAUCGACAGGACAACACAAACAGCACCAUCUUUACGGAUUCGAUGUCCUGUCUAAGGGCUAUCCAAAAUAUCUUCACCCAGAAUCCUAUCAUCCAAAGUAUCCAUCAAAUACUAGACCACCUCAGGACACUUAAAAAACAGGUCAGCCUUGUUUGGAUACCCGCCCAUACGGGAAUCCCAGGAAAUGAGGAAGCUGAUCAGGCCGCAAAAGCCGCAACUGCGGAAGAAUGCCCACCGGACUCACCCGUCACACUUACUGAGGCCAAUAAAAUAAUCUCCAAGGCAAUUAAAAACCAAUGGAAUACCAUGUGGCUCCAAAGACCCAGCAAGCUCCACGAUGUCAGAAAUAAUAUUUCUGAAGUGGUCCCAACAUUAGAUAGAUGGGAACAGACUGUACUAACACGAAUCCGCAUCGGCCAUACAAAUCUCACCCAUUCAUACCUCAUCUCUAAGAAACCCCAGAAUCUAUGCCAACGCUGUAACUCCCCAAUAUCAGUGAAACACCUCCUGAUUGACUGCAGCGACUACCAGCAAGACAGAGAACGUGCGGGCCUAACGGAUGAUCUCCCAGGAAUGCUAACAGACUAUAAUAAAUGUAAAAAAAACUCAGCGAAGAGAGAGAAUAAAUCAGUGAAAAGAUCAUUAGUGAACAUCUCUUCAGCAAAGGAUUUCACCCACUGGACGGGUCCACAAAGUAACUACAUUCAUCUAUUUUGGAUGCACUGA